AUGACGGACACCAGCAUGCCGUGCAAUGUCCCGGGCUGGGAAUUUGACCCCAUGAUUCAAGAGCCGACCUUCAACCUUGAGCCUGAGGUUGCGGGUGACGAGGAGCUGUGGUAUAGAAGCCAGUUCGACAUGCAAAGCUUCGACGUACAUCCAUGGCAGCCAGUCGAGGUGAACCAGGCAUACGGAUUUGCGACGCCGGCAGCAGCGAAGACGCCCUACCAGCAGAUGUCGCUUUCUCCAAUUCAAACAGGCCGCGCCUUCUCCAGCCGGCCGGAGAAGCUCUCACCAAGAUUCGAGAAUCCACAAGCAGACAACAGUCCGUAUUCUCUCGAUGACCUUCUCCGAACCGCGUCGCAGCUGGCGACCGAACGCGCGCUUUACAUGAACAUCCCCCCAGCCAGUGCGACCACUGCCAACCCUCUCUCUCCAAUAGCGGAGCAAGGCAUCAGCUCACCCAGUGCAAGCUCAAGUCAUCAAUCAAUAGCCAGCGAUACAGACGAGCACGACGUCCCAGCCUUUGAAGUCCCACAGGUGUACCAACUCCCAGAAGCCGGCAACAGCAACGCUAACGCACCUGUAUACCUCGCAUCACACGAUGUCAAGGAAACAAAUCUCACCCCGUUGGAGAUGCCGGACGGGUCGACUCGGUUCACCGCUAACUGGCUCCCCGUUGACCCCCAAGGCGGCUUCACGAUCCGCUCUCCAUCUCGCCACCCGAUGGGCGUGAACCUCGACCCAGAAUUGAUGGAUUACCAGGCGCCGUUGCAUCAAGACCACGGCCGGAGCCACUACAAUUACCGCAAUGCCUUCAUCUCACUCGAGAAUCUUGGAAACGAAUCUGGAGUGUGA